AAACUUAUUAAAUAGGCAGUUAUGGUUUUCUCAACAGGGCGGAGAAAGGAGAAUAAUGUACGGGCAAUUUUACUGGGUCCACCCGGGGCUGGAAAAGGAACCCAGGCGCCCUGGCUAGUUCAGAAAUAUAAUGUAUGUCACCUCAGCACUGGCGAUAUGCUCCGAGCUGAAGUGACCUCUGGAUCAGCACUGGGUUCCAGAGUAAAAAAAGUCAUGGAUGCCGGGCAACUUGUCUCUGAUGAUCUUGUUAUUGAUUUGAUCAACACUAAUUUAGACAAGGAGGCAUGUAAAUCUGGGUUCCUCUUAGAUGGUUUUCCAAGAACAGUGAAACAAGCCGAAGGCCUAGAUAAUCUCCUCGACAAAAGGAAUCAAAGUUUGAACGCUGUUGUUGAAUUUAAAAUAGAUGACAAGCUUCUAGUAUCCCGCAUCACAGGGCGUCUAAUUCAUAAGGCUAGUGGGAGAUCAUAUCACAGAGAGUUCGCUCCUCCCAAAGUGCCCAUGAAAGACGAUAUCACAGGCGAGCCUCUGAUUCAGAGGUCAGAUGACACAGUGGAAGCACUCACCAAAAGAUUGCAACAAUAUCACGAAAUGACUGUGCCACUUAUGGAUCACUACAAAAAGUACGGCAUCACUUCUUGGAUUAACGCUGACCAAAAACCUCAGAAAGUAUUCCAGGAUUUGGUAGACAUUUUUUCCAAGAAGUAGAGAACUGUAUGAGUGUUUCUGCUCUGUAUAUUGCCGGACUGAGUUAUAAUCUAAAGACUAAAUAUUGAAAACUUGAGCUGGUAUAACUUGAGCUUAAUAUUGAAAACUGGACUUUCAUUUGAGCUGGUAUAAACCUGUAUUUGCGUAUCAAAAUAUGAGUUAUAUUUUAAUGUUGAAUUGUAACAAAAGUUUUCAUGCAAAUGAUGAUCAAUAUAACAUUCCAUGGUUA